CUAGUGUCUGUCCAGGAAAGUUUGGAAAGAAAAUUUGGGAAACAUGGGGGAACUAUUCCAGUUGUGCCUACAGCAGAAUUUCAAGAUAGGAUAUCGGGUGCAUCUGAGAAAGACAUUGUGCACUCUGGGUUGGCUUACACAAUGGAACGUUCUGCCCGGCAAAUCAUGCGUACUGCCAUGACAUACAACCUGGGCCUGGACCUGAGAACAGCUGCCUACGUCAAUGCAAUUGAGAAAGUCUUCAAAGUGUACAAUGAGGCUGGUUUGACCUUUACAUAAACAGGCCAUGACCGCUCCUUGUUGUAUCCCACCCCUCGCUGUUAAUGUACCCUCUUCUUGAGAAAGCUUAUCACAAGUUUACAUGUAACCACAAAAUUUUCUUUUCUUCUGACAUUAUAGUGGAUUCUAUUCUCAAUUAGUUUCAGUUCCAAACUAGUCUUUUUUACAAUAAAAAUCCAUGGAUUAGGAAAUUGUAUACAAGUUAUGUAUCUGAAGAUAACAGUUCAUCUGCACUUGUGGGGGCCAUUCUGGGUGUUUCACCUACAAAUCAAAAUGGUACAUUUUAUGUAUGAAAGAGUGGUCUUGCCACCUGAGCCACUUCUCAGACUUCAGAUCAGAUACUGUACUAUAUGAGCACUUAGCUCAUUAUUACUUCAUGCACUUUUGUUUAAUGACAUAAUUUUGGCUUCAGCACUUUCAGUAAGGCCUUGUAUGAUCAAUGCUGUGGCAUUGUCAAAGGAAGAAUGGGCCUCCAGCAGGGAUUAACUUUGAUAGGAGUCUAGUUUUUAUUUGUAGUAAUGCUUCAGGCCUGAUUCUCUUAAGGAAAUAUUUUUUCUUUACUGUGCUACUGUUACAGCACUGCCUUUCCUUGUUUGUUCAAGCUAGUUUGACUAUCAUCAUGACAUUUGUAGCGCUGACAGACUAAUAUUUUUAUAAGCUGAAACUAUUGAGCAACUCUAGUUAUGUUUUUAAUCAAGUAUCUACAUAACUAUUCUGACUAUAGGUUGUUUCCAUGUUUUUUUAAGAAAGGGAUAUUUUGAAUUCGGUAAGCAAUCAUACUUAGGUUUUUUGGAAUUCUUUUUCAGUCCUUUCCUUUCAGAGGCUUUCUGAAAAUUAGAUACUGCCUCAGUGAACAACAAGAGUGAAACUGAACCCAGAAAUCAUUGGCCAAACCACAGAGGAGCUAGAAUGCUGCUAUAAACUUAAUUCACUGUCUUAACACACACAGCCUUUUUUGUUUUUCUUUGUCAUCAGGAGGUCUUGAAAGUUUUGAACGUAAAGUACAACAAAAUGGACCUCAACAAAAUAAUGGAUCAAGCACAGUUUUUGAAGUGUAAGGCUUUUGUCCCUUGGAGUCCCCUUGAAGUGCCAGAUGUUAUUUAUGUAAUGAAUAUGAAUGUUUUUUUUAAAAAGACAAUUAGUCCCUCCCAGAAACUCAUGCUUUUUCCUAACUACUUUGUAACUGCAUGACAUAACCUGGAGAGAGAGCAGUUAUUAAAAAAAGUUGACCUUUCCAAACCUA